UAGAGCACGAUAAUGUCCCUCUAAGGAGCGUGUCUUGUCUUGUACCCAGUGUGUAAGGACGUAAGAACGGAUUUCGGGGACGUGCGACCUCUGUAAACGCAGGUUUUAUAAACGUUAUUUUGCAUUAUUAAUGGCAAUAAGCUCAGUAUUCGGACAGGACAGCUAAUUGUGAGCAGUGAGGGAGUGAACGCAAUUGACAAGUUCAUUUUGGAAGAGCUAGAAAACCCAAACGGCCUCAUCUCGCCUUCAAGUGCAAAGUGCAAGUACAGCUGCUUUCCUUAGCAGAGAGCGGCACUGAGCAACUAAAUACGCUGCAUGCCCUUUCUACAUGUUAGAUCAGAUAGCCUGUGAGCUGCGUAUAUUUUGCUGGUUUAUCAUUUAAACAGGAAAAUGUCAGCCAAUGUCAGCGUGCUCUGAAGAAGGCAGCUCGAAUUAGCUACAGGAUCUGUCCUGAUACGAGCUGGCUGUUCUGUAGCUGUUAGCUUGACUCGUGCUAGCACAUACUGUUCGCUUAUCCAAGUCCUGAAAGCUCAAGACCCAUAGACUGGGCUCCCUUGUAAACAGUGUUUGUAUGCGGAAGUUACUAACGUAGGGCACGUUUAACCAGGGGACUGAAGGAAGUUCACCAGCUUCUGGUUACUUCUGUUUUACACUUCACCGCACCUCAGGAGUUGGUAAGGCUCAGUGUAGAAGAGGCAGUAAAAAGGACGCAGUUGUUGGUUUUGCACUGAUAGUUUAGCUUGCUAUCAGCUACGAUGCUACCUGAUAAAGUUCCCGCGGAAGAGACGCUUCACGCCCCCGAGGAGCUGAAGAAGCAAGCUUACAUCUGCAGCUUGGAGAAAUACACCGAGCUCUACAACAAGUCGGUCGAUUCUCCCGAGGAGUUUUGGGGAGAUGUUGCCAAAGAUUUUUUCUGGAAGACCAAACAUACAGGCAAGUUCCUCGACUAUAACUUUGACGUGACCCAGGGAGAAAUUUACAUCAAGUGCAUGGAGGGAGCCACCACAAACAUCUGCUACAAUGUCCUGGACCGCAACGUCCAUGAGAGGAAGCUGGGAGACAGAGUGGCUUUUUACUGGGAGGGGAAUGAGCCAGGAGAUGAGAAGAUGGUGACCUACAGAGAGCUACUACAGCAAGUGUGCAAGUUUGCCAACGUUCUUAAGUCACAAGGAGUGAGGAAGGGGGAUCGCGUCUCCAUCUACAUGCCUAUGGUAGUUGAACUGGUGGUGGCCAUGUUGGCUUGUGCCCGAAUCGGAGCUGUGCAUUCGAUUGUGUUUGCAGGAUUUUCAGCUGAAUCACUCUGUGAAAGAAUUAUGGAUUCUCAGUGUUGUCUACUGAUUACAUCUGAUGGCUUUUACAGAGGGGAUAAGCUCAUAAAUCUUAAGGUUAUUGCUGAAGAAGCUCUUCAAAAAUGUCGAGACAAGUCUUUUCCUGUAGAGCGGUGCAUUGUGUUGAAACACUUAUCAAAGGAGGAACCAGAGGCCUCUUCCCCAGGCUCCAUGUCACCCCCAGCAAAACGCUCUUGCCCUGACUUGCAGCAGAAGAAGCAGAAAGAAAAAGUAAGGAAGGUCCGUCCCAUCCCCAAGGUGCCCUGGAACCCAGAGGUGGAUGUAUGCUGGCACACACUGAUGGCUGGAGCAUCGGAUGAGUGUGAGCCAGUGUGGUGUGACUCUGAAGACCCUCUCUUCAUCCUUUACACUAGCGGCUCCACUGGCAAACCAAAGGGUGUGUUGCACACUGUCAGUGGUUACAUGCUUUACACUGCUGUAACAUUUAAGAUGGUGUUUGACUACCACCCUGAUGACAUUUACUGGUGCACUGCAGACAUAGGCUGGAUUACAGGUCACUCCUACAUCACCUACGGUCCACUGGCUAAUGGGGCCACCAGCGUCCUGUUUGAAGGCUUGCCCACUUAUCCUGAUGUUAGCAGAAUGUGGGAGAUAGUGGAUAAAUACAACGUCUCCAAGUUUUACACAGCACCCACAGCCAUCAGACUCCUCAUGAAGUUCGGCACUGAGCCAGUCCACAAGUAUAAGCGGAGCUCUCUGAAGAUCUUGGGUACAGUGGGGGAACCUAUUAACCCUGAGGCCUGGCAGUGGUACUACAGUGUAGUUGGGGAGAAGCGAUGCCCCAUAGUGGACACCUUCUGGCAGACUGAGACAGGAGGACAUGUAUUAACACCUCUUCCAGCUGCCACUCCUCUGAAACCAGGAUCUGCAACAUUUCCGUUUUUUGGAGUCGUUCCUGCCAUACUGAAUGAGUCAGGCGAGGAACUUGAGGGACCAAACGAAGGUUACCUGGUAUUUAAGCAGCCCUGGCCUGGGAUGAUGAGAACCGUGUACAGGAACCACCAGAGAUUUGAGACUACCUACUUUAAGAAAUUUCCUGGCUACUAUGUAACUGGAGAUGGUUGCCGCAGGGAUAAGGACGGGUACUACUGGAUCACAGGCAGGAUUGAUGACAUGCUGAAUGUUUCUGGUCAUUUGCUGAGCACUGCAGAGGUGGAGUCUGCUCUGGUGGAGCACGAGGCAGUAGCUGAGGCAGCUGUGGUAGGAACGCCACACCCUGUUAAAGGAGAAAGCCUAUAUUGCUUUGUCACACUCAAUGACGGCAUCAACUAUACUGCCACCCUGGAGGCUGAGCUCAAGAAACAAGUGAGAGAGAAGAUUGGUGCCAUAGCUACACCUGACUACAUACAGAAUGCGCCUGGGCUUCCCAAAACCAGAUCAGGUAAAAUCAUGCGGCGUGUGCUACGGAAGAUAGCAUCUAACCAGCAGGAUUUAGGAGACGUGUCCACGCUAGCGGACAGUUCAGUUAUUGAGCAGCUGUUUGAGAACCGCUGCUGUACUGCUGUGUGAACAUUAGUAGACACUAUUAAAACCACUUCACUUCGGCCCAGUAGGGGUUCAAUUUUAAAGAAGGGCAUAUGGGUAAAAUGAAAUGUAUAGCAAUCUUUGUGGAAAGUCACCAGAGAAAAAGAUGUAUAAAAUGUCCUGCAGUUUUACAAUCUCAAGGAACUAAAAAGAUUUGGAGGGAGAUUUUACUGGACUCGUUUGUAUAUUUGUUUAGUAUUGGUUAGUUAUAACCUUUUUUUUUCUCUGUAGAUGAUUGUUUUUUGAAGGAAAAAAAAUAAAUCUCUGUAUUUUUCAGAUAUUUCACGCACAUACAGGAUUUGAGUACUUUUUAUUUAAUUUACUCAUAGGUAGUUUUUAUAUGACAGAAAUAAUUUUCAUGUGCCAACGUUGAAAAUCAUGUGAUUGAUCCCAAAAAGACUCAUGUGGUUUUACAUGUAAGAGCUAACAGUCUCUUCUUAUUGCAAGACUAAUGUAGCAAAUGUUAAUCUCGGACUUCUAAGUUAAGAUGUUGGUAGGAUUUAAACAUGUCUCAAGAAACAAUCUGUAUACACAUUGUAGAUUAUCUCUGCUUUAGGUUAUGAUCAGUAGGUACAAAAUUCCCCAAUAUAUUGCAUGAAAACUGUAUAAAUAUUUGCAGUGAUCUACAUAUUUUGUAGCAUAAGCUUGUACUUGUCUGUUUAAAAGAGGGAGGACAUGGUUCUCUUUAAACUGAACUGAGAAAAGGACAAAAAUAUUUAAUACCAAAAUGCUGUGAUCCAAUAAAUACGUUUUCACUACUGGAUCAUUCAGUAGUGAUUGAUUGUUUUGGGAAUUGUGUUCCUCUACAGACCCAUCCAGUCAUUCCAUAAUUUCCUUUUCCUACACAAGGAAGGGUCUGUGUUAUCAAUGGAGCAACUUGGAUAAGAUGCCAGUUUGUAAAUAUGCCAGAAUGUUAAAUACACACCAAGUCUAGACAGUGAGGUUAUGAUGUUAAGCUGGGACUUGAUGAUGUGACUUGGAUCCACUGUCAGACACUCUGAUCUUGAGGUAUUUUUCAGGAUUCAGCUGAAAUUAUUACAUUUUCAAAUGAAAGUCAGUUCUGAAUGUUGAUCAAGUGGCAGUUGUUCUGCUACAUUUCCUUUAAUCUUUAUUUAGCUCAGGAUUGGUUAUCGUGACGAGUUUUAGGAAUGUUAUUUACAUCCUGGAGUCCCCAUUAAUGGUCUCACUUUUCUCUCUCUUACCAGAAAAAAAAAACUUUAAUGUUCUUUUUAUCUUGUAAUUGUCUAUAAUCCCCUUUUUCUGUUCUGAACAAUAUAUUUUAAUCAACAUAUUUUGAAAGCUAAUAAAAUUAUGGCUCAAGUGUACACUGGUUUGAGUGAAAUAAAGUACCAGUUGAUUAUCUA